GUUCAGCAGCAGCAGCAGCGUCGUGCCGCCAGCACUGCUGCCAAUGUCGACGGUCGUCGUCCUGGAAGGUCGGAUUUUCUGAUGGAACGUGCAAAAUUUAAUCGACGGGGAAACAAAAUCAUUCUAUUUUUUAUUGUUGCAUGUUAGUAUAGAUCUGCCUUACGAGCGAUGGACGAGGAAGCGGCCUUCGACGCGGCCUACGUCGAGAUGAUUUUCGACAAGCUCGUGCGCGACAGCCAAUGGGUAGAAGAGCUGAUGCACUCGUCGAGAGACUCGCUGAUGAUCAAAGGCAGCCUGGAUCUUUUGAUAAGCCAAGUCGACGAGAAAGUGGCCGAAAAGAGUAACGAGGAUGAUUUGCUGGAGAGGGCGAGAGAGGGCCAGAAGCUAUUGGAUUUAAAAUUGCAAGAGGUCGAAGAGGCGCGCAAGAGCCGCGCCGAGCACGAGGCAGGCUUGAAAGCUCAAUUUUUCAAACUCAAGAAUGAGAAGGAGCGGCUUGAAAUCAAAUCGAAAGCCGAGACGGAGUACGUCGAGGCGUGGCUGGACUCGUCGCGCGAGCAGCGCCAGCUCGGGGCCGAGUGGGCCCUGGCCGAUCUCAGGAGCCAACUGGAAGAGUGCCGGCUGCGCGAGAGCAACGAGCGCCUCGUUAAUCGGCAGAUCGUCGACUUUUUAAAGGACAGCAUCGAGGAAAACGAGCGCGACUCGGAAAAUUGGGUUGAGCGUCGCCGGACUGAGACCAAAGUCUACGAGAGGGACAUCCGUAAGCUUCAGGACGAGAUUGAACAGAAGCGCGCGGCAUUAGCCCAACUUCAGCUGGAGUACCAGCAGAGGCAGGAAUUCAUCGAUUUGUGCGAAGCCGAGAACGAGGCCGAGCGAAGGAGGUUGCAGCACGAGGCCCACCGCCAGAGAUGCGCCCUGAGGAUACAGGCCUGGUGGCGCGGCUGCAUGGUCAGGCACAAAUUGGGCCCCUACAGGCCGGAGGAUCGACGCGGCCGCAAGCGUCAGCCCAAAGCGAAGAAGUGA